AUUCAGACGCGACUUCUCCCAUCCUUUCAGAUCCUGCGUGGAAACGUGGCGUACGAGCUUGAUGGAUUUGUGAAAGAUAGCUAUACAACGCCUUUGGACAACAGCCACAAACAAAUACCUUUUUGGGACGUGUUACAUUCUGCUCAAAGUUUGACAUCGAGUACAAAUUUGCUUAAACCUACUGAUUCACUUCCGCCAUGUCUGCUGCCACCUCUAUACCUUCGACCUCUUCUUCGAGGCCACCUCCAAACUCUGUUCUCUUUGCAAGAGGUGUGAUUGCACAGCUUGCUACUUGGCCUGCUCUCCGAAUCGCGGUAGAUCAAUCAUGGGGCGGUCCUGAAUCAGCUCAGAAACGGACAUGGCUUGCUUCAGUCAUCGUAGAUGAUUUUGAAGAACAAAAUGACCCAAUACCCGAUGUUGAAUUCGUCGAGGAUCGAUUACUUCAGGUUCUGGAGGACGAAUUCGACCUAGUCUUGGAAGAUGAUAGUUCAAAAGGCAUCGCAGACGAAAUUGUCAAACUUUGGGAAGCCAUACAGCUCGGGGGCACUCGAGGCCUUGAGCGAGUGAUUGCGCUGGAGGAGAAGGCUGAUAAGGUCAAAGGAAAGAAGUUGCAAGUGGAGGAAGGAGCAGCGAACGAUAGCGAUUGGGAGGAUGAGAGUGGAGAAAGCGACGAGGAGGGUGACUUGCGUGCUUCAGCAGAUGCUGGCGAGGUUCCGACGCUUCUCGAUCAUGCACAAUGCAGUAAGCCGGAAGCAGAGGUUGACGAAGACGGUUUCACUGUGGUCAAGGGGAAAAGUCGAGCCCACCGAUGACAACUUUCCAGCUGCUCCGGUACGUGCUUAUUAGUUCAUCUUCAAGUUCGACUAUCUCGUCAACUAUCUUGAUUUAUGCAUUUUGCAGCUUAUUGACGAAAACGUUACUCUGCCAUCUAUCGAAUUGUCCAGAGUAACGACCAUCCGGCUCCAGCAGUGUCCUGGUUGAGACGGAUUUGGCCCCUUGUGCCACUUGAUGAAGUUCUCCAUAUCGAAUUUGCAUCUAGCAUCUUUCGUCGUGAAAGAUUGCGCUCGGUGCAAGGCCGUACUGAUGCUGUAUCGAAUGCAUCUAUGAUAUCAUCUAUUCCAUCUACUGGCGUUCCACGCCUCGGCCUUGUGCCAGUCAAUAAAAUAUCCUGCUCGGAUCGCACGCCUUCCGCUGUUGUUGGCGAAGUGCUGAACCUUAUCAGGGCAAUUCGUGGAUGCUUCGUCGAUACCUUGAGAUUGUCUGUGUCGUGAUUUCCCCUUACCCGCCUGGUCUUACAUGCCACCAUCCUCGAACACCAACAUCGCCAUGAAUAUUGUGUGGACUUCACUACUCGCCAGCCCGUGAUUCCCGACCUGUUAUUGUCGUAAAAGUUUGCUUCGCAGCUCACGUAUCCUCUUUCAAAACUGAGUGAUGCAAGUAAACUGAGUGUAUAGUAUUUCCGGGUACAAGUACAAGCGUUGCGUAUAUGAGAUCGCAAUGAUGAUUAAAUAUUGUCCUUC